GCAGUGUUGCUGGGGACCCAUGCCUUGCAACCGCCAAAGUGCUUUGAUUCCUUGAAAUGUUCCGAGAGCUCAGAAACCAGUCCAGUUCGAUCGAGUACAAGACUCGUAGAUCUGUUUGAUGAUCAACUUGCUUUGGUGAAAAGCGUCCGCAACACGGAUUGGCUUGAGUUGAUCCGAAAACUCAACGGCGACGGUAACGUCUUUCGGACUUCUGUAUCGCUGCCACCGCCUGGUGCAGUGAAAAUGCGUUUGUUUGGCGAGCCGCGUACCAAUUGUGCUGGAUUGGUGUGGGAUCGAUCACAAGUUGACCUAUCAGAAGCGUAUAUUUGGCCCAGCGGCUACGUGGCGAAAACAGAGUUUAAUCUGACUCACAAGGGCGAGCUUGUGAAUGGGCGAUCUUCUGCACUGGUGACAAUCGACCGUUUGGUUGAAUGCAAUCGCCGUGGCCUUACAACGAACGCGGAGACUGGAGAACUGCAAGAGGUGGCAGAUGGAGCGACCAUGAAUUUCAAUGAAAUCAACUGGUAUGAGUCUGCAAAAUGCAGGACGUGCUUCAGGCUUAAAGACAGCUAGAGCGCGGAGAUGAAAGAGAGCGGCAGCUGAAGCGUUGUUCAAGUCGUAUUUCAAUUUGAUUUAAGCUCACUGUAACUGACCUCAGAACUGUCACACCUUUUUGUCAGCGUGGGGCAUGGACUGCUGGUCGAAGCCAGGCUCUGGGUUUGGCCAAGUUGUCUUCACUGGCAAUGGGCAAAGUUCUCCUCGGCUUGACAAAGUGGUCUUCGCGCAAGCUUCGACUGAGCUCAGCAAGUGGCUACGACCUCCUCUGCAGCCAUCAAGGGUAUAGCCUUCACUUGCUGAUUCCCGUUCCAAUUUGUUGUUUUGUAGUGACAUGGUCUGACAUGGUGGGGAAACGAUCGCAAAAUGACCUGCAAAUCCAUGGCUUAGCUUCAUGAUCAUCCCAGCAACUCAG